GGACAUAGAGGAGCCCAGGUACCUAAACAUUCAAGUGAAGAUGGAAUUGAAUAUCUCAACCUGCCUGUCUGGGCCUCUCUGAUUGCUGAGGGGGGCUGUCACUUGGAGUGGCCUGGGCUGCUCUGGGCCUUAAUCUGGGUAUUUCCUUGGGCUGGCAGUCCUCACCCUGUCUUUCAAAUGGUUCUGGCUGGGCAGCAGCCUCUAGGUGGGUGAAAUUGGGGAUGGGUUUAGGGCGGAGACAGGACUGAGAACACAAGUUUCCUUGUGCUGCUGGAGGGGGUGGGGGCAGAGGGAAAUUGGAGUCCCUAUUCUCUCCUUGGUCACUCUCUUGCUCGUAGUCCACGAUAGUGAUGGCUUGGUCCCCAGUGUUCCUUGGUGUCAUCGUCUUGCUGUCUGCCUUCCCAGGGCCUUGUGAUGGGGGCCACCCCAUGCCCAAGCUGGCUGACCGGAAGCUGUGUGCUGAUGAGGAAUGCAGCCACCCCAUCUCUAUGGCUGUGGCCCUUCAGGACUACGUGGCCCCUGACUGCCGUUUCCUGACCAUACACAGGGGUCAAGUUGUGUAUGUCUUCUCCAAGCUGAAGGGCCGUGGGCGGCUCUUCUGGGGAGGCAGUGUUCAGGGAGAUUACUAUGGAGAUGUGGCUGCUCGCCUGGGCUAUUUCCCCAGUAGCAUUGUCCGAGAGGACCAGACCCUGAAACCUGGCAAGAUCGAUUUGAAGACAGACGUGAGUGUCAUCAGGUCUGGCAAGAAUUUGGAGGGAGGACCCUUGGGUUGUGGUAAUGGGCAAAGAUGCUCCUACCCUUGGCUUCCUAGGUGUAUGGAAGGGACAAAUUCUCUCCCUACCUCAAUUUUAUUACUACCUGUAAAAUGGGUCCAGUUUGGAGGCGCAAAGAUUAAAGGGCUUCCGGCUAAUUUGCAUAGACAGCACUUGUGUGGGCAAACCUUGCCCCUGCGGCUACAGUCUUUGCUAAAUAAAAGCCACUAGGUCCUUUGUGGUGUAACCGUUGGUUUUUUCCUCCACUGUUUCCCCUUUCUCUUUUUCAGAAAUGGGAUUUCUACUGCCAGUGAGCUAAGCCUACCGCUGUCCCUGCCGUUUUCCCUCCCUGGCUUUAUGCAA